AUAACACACUUCCGAUCCUGAGUUCUUCCCAGCGCUUCAGAUGGGGUCAGGGCGUGGACGCACCCCCGCCGUAGGCGCGGUGGUGCCGACCUGCCCAGAUCGCUCGCACAUGGCUCGGGAGUAGGCGCCGGUGAAUCCGCGGUGCGGCCUGGGAGAUUCGGAAGCGCGGCGGCGACUGACUCUGAGGUGAGGGAGGCUGCGCCAGGGCUCAUGCAGGACGCGGAGAACGUGGCGGCCCCCGGAGCGGCCGAGGAACGGGCUGAGCCGGGGCCGCAGCAGCCCGCCGUCGAGCCGCAGCCCGAGGAGGAGCCGCCGCGGCCCGCGGGGCUAGGUGCUCCGGAGGCGGCGGACUCGGAGACCGAGACCAAGAAGGAGGCGGCGGCGGCGCCCGAGCUUGAAGCGAAGGCAGAACCGGUGGUCUCAGAGAAGGAGAGCGAGGCGGCGGGCGCGGCCACCGGCGCCUCGGCGGUUUCAUCCAAGUCUCCCUCGCCGCCGCCCAAGGAGGAGCCCGAGCCCCCGGUGCGGGAGGAGCCCCGAGCCGAGGCCGCCGAGAGUCGGCCGCAGGCGUCGUCGAAAGAGGCCGGCGAGUACAAGGGGGACUCGGCGGAGGCCGAGCCACGCGCCGUGGAGAAUGGUGACGCGGAAGAUCCCUCCUUCAGCGACCCCGAGGACUUCGUGGACGACGUGAGCGAGGAAGAGUUACUGGGAGAUAUUCUCAAAGAUCGGCCACAGGAGGCAGAUGGAAUCGAUUCGGUGAUUGUAGUGGACAAUGUUCCUCAGGUGGGACCUGACCGUCUUGAGAAACUAAAAAACGUCGUCCACAAGAUCUUUUCCAAGUUUGGGAAAAUCACAAAUGACUUUUACCCAGAAGAGGAUGGAAAGACAAAGGGGUACAUUUUCCUGGAGUAUGCGUCUCCUGCCCAUGCCUUGGAUGCUGUGAAGAAUGCUGAUGGCUACAAGCUUGAUAAGCAGCACACUUUCAGGGUCAACCUCUUCACUGAUUUUGACAAGUAUAUGACAAUCAGUGAUGAAUGGGAUAUUCCAGAGAAACAACCUUUCAAAGACCUGGGAAACCUGCGCUAUUGGCUUGAAGAGGCAGAAUGCAGAGAUCAGUAUAGUGUGAUUUUUGAGAGUGGAGAUCGUACUUCCAUAUUCUGGAAUGACGUAAAGGAUCCUGUCUCGAUUGAAGAAAGAGCAAGAUGGACGGAGACAUAUGUGCGCUGGUCUCCUAAGGGCACCUACCUAGCAACCUUUCAUCAAAGAGGCAUUGCGCUCUGGGGCGGAGAGAAAUUCAAACAGAUCCAGAGAUUCAGCCACCAGGGGGUUCAACUUAUUGAUUUCUCACCUUGUGAAAGAUACCUGGUGACGUUCAGCCCCCUGAUGGACACUCAGGAAGACCCGCAGGCCAUCAUCAUCUGGGACAUCCUGACCGGGCAUAAGAAGAGGGGUUUUCACUGUGAAAGCUCAGCCCACUGGCCUAUUUUUAAGUGGAGCCAUGAUGGCAAAUUCUUUGCCAGAAUGACACUCGACACCCUCAGCAUCUAUGAAACUCCUUCUAUGGGUCUGUUGGACAAGAAGAGUUUGAAAAUCUCUGGCAUAAAAGACUUUUCUUGGUCUCCUGGUGGUAAUAUCAUAGCCUUUUGGGUGCCUGAAGACAAAGAUAUUCCAGCCAGGGUAACCCUGAUGCAGCUUCCUACCAGACAAGAGAUCAGAGUUAGGAAUCUGUUCAAUGUCGUGGAUUGCAAGCUACAUUGGCAAAAAAAUGGAGAUUACUUGUGUGUUAAAGUAGACAGGACUCCAAAGGGUACCCAGGGUGUCGUCACAAAUUUUGAAAUUUUCCGAAUGAGGGAAAAACAGGUACCUGUUGAUGUGGUAGAAAUGAAAGAGCCCAUCAUAGCCUUUGCUUGGGAGCCAAAUGGAAGUAAGUUUGCUGUGCUCCAUGGGGAGGCACCCCGGAUAUCAGUGUCUUUCUACCAUGUAAAAAGUAAUGGGAAGAUCGAGCUCAUCAAAAUGUUUGAUAAACAGCAGGCAAAUACUAUCUUCUGGAGUCCCCAAGGACAGUUUGUUGUGUUGGCUGGUCUGAGGAGUAUGAACGGUGCCUUAGCAUUUGUCGAUACGUCUGACUGCACAGUGAUGAACAUAGCAGAGCACUACAUGGCAUCUGACGUCGAAUGGGACCCUACGGGGCGCUAUGUCAUAACGUCUGUGUCCUGGUGGAGCCACAAGGUGGACAAUGCUUACUGGCUGUGGACUUUCCAGGGACGACUUCUGCAGAAGAAUAGCAAAGACCGCUUCUGCCAGUUGUUGUGGCGACCUCGGCCUCCCACGCUCCUCAGCCAGGAUCAGAUCAAGCAAAUUAAAAAGGACCUGAAGAAAUACUCCAAGAUCUUUGAGCAGAAGGAUCGUUUGAGCCAAUCCAAAGCCUCAAAGGAAUUGGUGGAGAGAAGGCGAACCAUGAUGGAAGAUUUCCGGAAAUACCGGAAGAUGGCCCAAGAACUCUACAUGGAGCAGAAAAAUGAACGUUUGGAGUUGCGAGGAGGCGUGGACACCGAUGAAUUAGAUAGCAAUGUUGACGACUGGGAGGAGGAGACCAUUGAGUUUUUUGUCACUGAAGAAAUUAUUCCCCUUGGAAACCAGGAGUGAUCUGAAAGCACUGUGUGUCACCUCAUCUCAUGCUGGAAUCAAGUUCAUCCUCUUGCAGAGAGCCUACACAGCUCCUGAAUUUUACCUGUGCUUUCUCUCGCUGUCUGGACUGAGAACGCACCUGGGAUUCUUCCAUCUGGACACACUUCUGUGCCUUCAACCCCUGGUGUCCACAGUGGGGGAGGUUUCAAGGCACCGCUUUAAAAUUUUUCUUGUUUAGGCUUUUUUUUUUUAAAUUCAUUAC